UAAACUACCCAACGACCUAAGGCCUAAAGACCUAACGACUACAUACCUACAUACCUACAUACUCACCUACCUACCUACUACCUACCUGCCCCACGUUGAGAAUAUUCAAUAUCGACGUCUUCAUCUAUCCAAGAAUAAAUAUCCUUCCCACCCGGCUAUAAAGACAUCUGCCGAACCCACCUUCAAAGUCGAUCAAUCAAUCAAUCAAUCUCGAUCUCGACUCCGACUCUUAAACCUUGUUCCAUACCGGUCCGGUUCAUUGUUGUUGCGAAUUACCAAGCCUUUUACCCCUCGUCGCGGCUUCUGUGCCGACAGGAAGCAAUCAUAAUCAACAAUAAUCUUCAAUCUCCAAUCUCCAAUCUUCAAUCUUCAAUCUUCAAUCUUCAAUCUUCAACCCUCAACCCUCAACCCUCAAUCCUCAAUCCUCAAUCGCUCAUAACGUCUCGUCACUCCGACGUCUAUAAUUAAUAUGUCUGGGUAUCCGGGAUACAACAGUGGAGGUUACGGACCACCACCACCACACCAGCAGUACCCGCCCCAACCCUACUACCCGUAGGAUGAAUUUCUUCCUCCCCGAUGCAAUGCACAUGGACUUUCACUUACUCUGAUAUAGACCUCAGCCAGGAUAUGGAGCUCCUCCUCCUCAAGGAGGCUACGGAUAUCAACAGCCUCCGCCUCCACAACAACCUUACGGAUAUUCUCAAGUAAGAAUUUCAAUUAUACAGAAGUCCGUUUCUAUCACUAAUGAUUUACCAACAAUAGCCCCCUCCUCAACAAUACGGCGGAUAUAAUGGUGUGCCUCCUAACGCCCCACAAUACGGUAGACCAGGUUCGCAGAAAAAGUCUCGGUGUUAUAGUGGAAAUACUGAUUAUUCUCCACAGGAAUGCCCUCGGUCAAUUCAAACGCCUACACAAAUGGCAAUCAGAAUGCUCCACCACCACCGCCACAGGGAAUGCACUCGUUUGGACAAGGUGCGCCUCAAGGUUAUGCCUUCCAAUACUCUAAUUGCACGGGGAGACGGAAAGCACUCCUAAUUGGUAUCAAUUAUUUCGGUCAGCGUGGCCAAUUGCGUGGAUGUAUCAACGAUGUUAAGAACAUGUCAUCAUAUUUGCAUGAAAACUUCGGAUAUCAGCGCGAUGAUAUGGUUAUUCUUACGGAUGAUCAGCAAAACCCAAUGAGUCAGCCCACUAAACAAAAUAUAUUACGAGCCAUGCAUUGGUUGGUGAAGGAUGCUCGACCGAAUGAUUCGUUAUUCUUCCAUUAUUCCGGUAAGUGACCUAAGACUUACCAUCGCACAUGUGUUUACGUUUAUAGGACAUGGUGGUCAAACGAAGGACUUGGAUGGCGACGAAGAAGAUGGUUACGAUGAAGUUAUUUACCCGGUCGAUUUCAGACAGGUCGGACACAUUGUCGACGACGAGAUGCACAGGAUCAUGGUUCAACCUCUGCAGCCUGGUGUUCGAUUGACCGCAAUCUUCGACUCAUGUCAUUCUGGAACUGCGCUCGACUUACCAUAUGUUUACUCCACCCAAGGAGUUCUCAAAGAGCCAAACCUUGCGAAAGAAGCAGGCCAAGGUCUUCUCGGUGUUAUUUCUUCUUACAGUCAAGGUGAUAUGAGCGGUGUUGCAAGUAAUUUGAUGGGAUUUUUCAAGAAAGCGACAACUGGAGACGAUGCUUACAACAAAACUUUGGCAACUAAAACAUCACCCGCUGAUGUGGUCAUGUGGUCCGGAAGUAAAGAUGACCAAACAUCGUCAGUAUAUUUCUUACCUUGCCAUUGUUAUCGAUAAAGGGCUUUUCUGAGUUGGGGAAGCCCUUGCCACGGUGUAUUGCAAGGGAACCUUAUGGAAUUUCUAGCGUUAGAAUUUAUUCAUUUGAAUAAUGGACUAUGUCCUAGUCAUACAUGUACAUAAAUAGUUACGUUGAAUUUACAAAGCCCAAGGUCUAUAUCAACAGCCAAUCAUGGCUAAGAUGUAGGCCAAGGGCUGCAAGUCACGUUGGGUUAAGUAACCUAGCUGACCUAACUGGGCCUGUCAACCGCCUUCUUUCGAACGCUUUUGGCCAUAAGCAAGGACUAACGAUUCUGGUACAGGGCCGAUGCUACUAUUGCUGCACAAGCGACUGGUGCCAUGUCAUGGGCGUUCAUUACCGCCAUGAAGAAGAACCCACAGCAGAGUUACGUCCAACUGUUGAAUAGUAUUAGAGAUGAGCUCGCCACCAAAUAUACCCAGAAGCCGCAACUUAGUUGCAGUCAUCCGUUGAGUAUGGUUCCCCCUUUGCUUUUAUAGUCCGUUUAGUGAUGCUAAUGAUAGCAGACACAAAUCUUCUCUUUGUCAUGUAAAUAGUCACCCGUUCAAUGUAUUUAAAGGGUUAUGAUGCAAAAGCAAUAUUUUACGGCAUGCAUGUGUUUGGAAUUGGAAAGGGGCAUGUAGUUUUGAGGUCUAUGAAGAAUGGCAUCAUUGAAAGGAAUAUUAGUGAAUUGAGGUUUUGUAUUUUUUGGGGGAAUUUUAUGGAUCAACGCUCUACGGCUGAUUCUGGGAUAUAUCUCUUUUCCUUGACAAAAUGAAUGGAUGAAGGAAUGAUAGUAAAGAUCAAGAUGGAUCAAGAUGGAUGAAUGGAUAGGUGAUAAAUAUUAUUCUACCCAGAGAUCUUUUGCGCUUUGCCUUUCGAUGCCCUAUACUCAAAUAUCUUUUCUUGCUCAACACCAGAUUA